CUGGGCAACUACUACCUGACGCGGUUGGCGCAAGGCGUAAAGAGAAUAUAUGCAAAGCCUCUGGUACACCGUAAGCAAGAACGGGGAGCGGGAGUGGAAUGCUUGUCUAGUGUAAGCAGAGGAGUCCCGACCUAAGGUGACGGAGGUGACGCGGCCAGGUCUCCAAACUCCGCGGCCGGCCCCCAGCCCUCUUCCGGGUGGACUGUGUGGACCCGUCCUCUCGCCGCCCUGGCCCAGCGCCCCGCCCACCUUCCCUAGCGCGGCUCCGCCCCGGCCGCCAGCGGGCGCAGAGGCGUCUGGAACCCGGACCCACCCGGGACACUACUCUGGCCCCGCGUAGCCGGCGGAACAGGUAACUCCAUGCAUUGGAGACCAUGAAUAAAUAUGACAUGAUUAAAGCCAUUGGGGAAGGUGCCUUUGGGAAAGCAUACCUGGCCAAAGGGAAAUCAGAUAGCAAGCACUGUGUUAUAAAAGAGAUCAAUUUUGAAAAGAUGCCCAUCCAAGAAAAAGAAGCUUCAAAGAAAGAAGUCAUUCUUCUGGUGAAGAUGAAACAUCCCAACAUUGUAACCUUCUUCAGUUCAUUUCAAGAGUGGAGUAAGAAUUUACAGAUGCUCUCUGUGCACAGUCUUAUGAACGCUUCCCCGUUAUUUUCCACUGCUUCCACCCAACAUUUAGAGAACAACAGGCUUUAUUGUGAUGGAGGGGAUCUCAUGAAAAGGAUCAAAAAACAACGGGGAGUGUUACUUAGUGAAGAUCAGAUUCUGAGUUGGUUUGUACAGUUUUCUCUAGGACUGAAACAUAUUCAUGACAGGAAGAUCUUACACAGGAACAUAAAAACACAGAACAUUUUUCUUAGCAAGAAUGGAAUGGUUGCAAAGCUUGGGGACUUUGGUAUUGCAAGAGUCCUGAACAAUACCAUGGAACUUGCUAGAACUUGUGUUGGAACGCCUUACUACUUGUCCCCAGAGAUCUGUCAGAAUAAACCCUACAACAAUAAAACAUGAGUUGCUGACUUUUGGGAUAUUUGGUCUCUUGUCUGCAUCUUAUAUGAGCUCUGCACACUCAGACAUCCUUUUGAGGGUAACAACUUACACCAGCUGGUUCUGAAGAUUUGUCAAGCUCAUGUUCCCCCAAUAUCUCCAAGGUUUUCCCAUAACGUACAGUCCUUAAUAUCCCAGCUCUUUGAAGUAUCUCCCGGAGAUCGACCAUCCAUUAGUUCCAUUUUGAAAAGGCCCUUUUUAGAGAACCUUAUGGCCAAAUACUUGACUCCCGAGGUAUUUCAGGAAGAAUUCAAUCACACCCUCAGACAUAAAGCAAGAUCGUCUGCUUCUCUACCCUCUGGGAAGGUGGUCCCAGAUCAACGAGUUAUUUCCUUAUACCCAGGGCUGUUCAUUCCAGAUGCUGCCACUGCAGAGGACAGGAGACAGCGAGAUGCUGUGUCUCCUCAGACUCUGCUACAAAUGAUGGCCGCGGCCGAUGUCACCUCCACCUGCUCCACUGUGCCUGAGAACGGCCAAGUGAUUGUGAUUGAAGGCAUUCCAGAAAAGGAAACACCGGGAACUUUAAUGAGUGUUUUGACAGCAGCACAUCUAACAAGUAGCUCAUUUUCUGCCAACGAUGGAGAAUUUGUGGGACCAUUAAAACAAUGGCUUCCUAAAGAAGAUGAGGGGAAGGUAGAAGUGGCCUCUGACAUUGAAGUAGAUGAAGAACAAACACAGAACCAAGAUGAUGAUGAUGAUACGUAA